AUGACGUCCAAACUGGUUGCCCUCUUCGUCCUCAUCCUCCUAUAUCUCGCUCUCCAAUGCCACUGUUCAACCCCACAAUCACGGGUCAAAGCCAGUUACUAUUAUAUGGGUAUCGGAAAUGGCAUUUCCGAUAUAAGUUCUAAUCUUUUCACGCACCUUAUAUGCGCUUUCACUUAUGUUAACUCCUCCAAUUACCACCUCUCCAUCAACUCCUCCACCGAACAACAAUUCUCUACCUUCGCCCACACCGUAAAAACCAAGAACCCGUCCGUUACAACGCUUUUGUCGAUAUGGGUUGGCAGAGAGUCUUUGCUAAACUUCUUCUCAAUGAUAAACCAGUCCUCUUAUAGAAAUUCUUUCGUUCAGUCUUCCAUAGAAACAGCUAGGCUUUAUGGGUUUCAAGGUUUAGAUCUUUGUGGGCUUGUGCCAACAGGAAGUAGCUCGGAUAUGGCCAAUUUCGGUACCCUUUUGGACAUGUGGCGAGUUGCUGUAAAUUCUGAGGCAAAAAAUUCAAGCAAUCCAGAGUUACUCCUGGUCAUGGCCGGCAAUCGUCUGCCAGGGACAGAGUCACAUACUUUCAUGCAGCUCUGUAUGGCCCUUCGAACAUGGCUAAUACGGAUGAUGGCAUAA